AUGUCCUCGAUACUAGACCAGAUACAGGAGGCGAACGAGCCUAUAGACCUCACAGACUACGACGAAUCGGAUGGUGAAUACGAUUCUUCGUACGAGUCUGAUUAUUCGUCGGUAUCGGGAGAUUACCUCACAGCUCAGCAGCAAUGGGAAGAGAGUGUGAACCAGGUGAAGGAGUUAUUCAACAUGGCGUUGUUCCCAAUGAUAGGAAAGGUGAUUGGAAGGAGGAUGGCACACAUGGUAUGGGCAAAAGUAGCCGACUGGUGGUUCAUAUGA